GCCACCAACUUGGUCAAUCUUUCAUCAUGGCUUGGUCAGCCCAACCGGUGGAGGAGCUUUUAAUCCAAUUAUAAAAGAAAACCAGUGGCUUUCUGUAAUCUCCCAAAGCCAAUCUCGCCUUCCCCCUUGCAAUCCAUCGCAAGACACUGAACCCACUUCUUAUCCUUUUUGGUUGUUUCUCUCGACAGCCAUCGCUUGUCUCUCUCGUGCUUCUUCUCUAACUCUUGCAGAUUCGUCCCGAGUUCAUCAUUCCCCUCUCUGCAGGAAAAUUUCUCGAUGACGUCAGAAGGAGAAGCCAUCAAAAACAAGGUUUCGGUGUUGAAGGUCUCGAUCCACUGCGAAGGAUGCAAGAAGAAGGUGUACAAAAUCCUCAGCAAAAUUAAAGGUGUUGAUGAGGUCGAGAUUGAUGCCAGGCAGAACAUGGUGACCGUCAAGGCCCCUUUAGAUCCCCAAGCUCUGAUAGCUAAGCUGAAGAAGUCUGGGAAGCAUGCCGAGCUCUGGCUCGACAAGAAACCGAGUCACCAGUUCUUUCACCACGGCAAAAACGAUGUCAGUCUCAAGGACGAGAGCAAAGAGUCCUCUAAAAGCACCGCUCCCUCUCCCGCCGCAGCAAAGCGCGGGGAUGCUGAUAAACCUGUAGCGGACAACAGAUCUGUCUCCGAGACCAAGGAAACCAAAGCUGAAACCGCAGAUAACACGAGCAAAAAGGUCGCAAAAGCCGGUGAAAAAACCGCUGAGAUCUCCAAACCACCUGCCGAAACGACCGUCGACAGUGCCGAGAAGGCUCCUGCGAGCAAAGAAGCUACUAAUAAUGGUGGCCACAGCGGCGGCGGCGGCGAGAAGAGGGCUGAGAAAGACAGCAACGUACGACUCGGCAUCGACGAUUCUGAUGUCAGAGGUGAAAGCAACUCUCACCCGGCGUUUCCGCCGCAGCCGGCGUACAUCAUGAGCUACAAUACGGCACAGCCAAGCAUCAGCCAAUCCUACUAUGUUUCGCCAAUGCAGCCAGCGUCGCAGGGCUACAUGUAUUCAUAUCCUCCCCCGCCGGAAUACUUCUACAGCAAUCUCGACGCUAACUCAUCAGCUCCAGUGCAGCACCCAGACCCAUACAACAGCAUGUUCAGCGAUGAGAACCCCAAUUCUUGCAGUAUUAUGUGAUGCCAUGCGGUUCUCAUCAUGUAACCUCUGUCCGAUCGAGAGCAAUACUUUAGAUUUGCUCUCAAUAUCUAUGCUUCUAAUCGGUUCUUUCUCUCGUGCCAAGUUUUCUGUUCCAAUUGCCAUCAUUACCUAA